GCUAUAAUCAAAAGAUAACUUCUCUUUUUCUUCUUAAAGGUCAUCACAGCGGGGGUCAGUCUUGCGUUAACCUCUAUCCAGGACCAAUGCGAAAAUCUCCAGAGUGGCUCAAACAUCACAGGUCUGGCCUGUAAUAUCUCUAUUGAUAUGAUUGGGACAUGUUGGCCUCGCACACCAGCAGGACAACUGGUGGCACGACCAUGCCCUGAAUAUUUCCAAGGUGUACAAUACAACACAACAGGCAACGUCUACAGGGAAUGUCACCUUAAUGGCAGCUGGGCAGGAAGAGGAGAUUAUACACAGUGCCAGGAAAUACUAAAACAGGAGAAAAAAAAGCAAGGUGCACUACCACAUCGCCAUCGUUAUUAACUUCUUGGGACACUCCAUCUCCCUGUGUGCACUCUUAGUGGCUUUUACUCUCUUCCUGAGAUUGAGGAGCAUUCGAUGUUUGCGCAACAUAAUUCACUGGAAUCUCAUAACGGCCUUUAUUCUGCGGAACGUCACUUGGUUUGUGAUGCAACUUACUCUGAGCCAUGAGGCCCACGACAGCAAUGUGGUCUGGUGUCGCCUGGUCACUAUAGCUCACAAUUAUUUUUAUGUUACCAAUUUCUUCUGGAUGUUUGGUGAAGGAUGUUAUCUGCACACAGCCAUCGUUUUGACGUACUCCACUGACAAGCUACGCAAAUGGAUGUUCAUAUGUAUUGGCUGGUGUAUUCCAUUUCCCAUCAUCGUGGCCUGGGCCAUUGGCAAGCUAUACUACGACAACGAGAAGUGCUGGUUUGGGAAGAAGGCCGGAGUGUACACAGAUUUUAUUUAUCAAGGUCCCGUCAUCCUGGUACUGCUGAUAAACUUUAUAUUUUUAUUUAACAUUGUGAGGAUUCUGAUGACCAAGCUCCGAGCCUCCACUACUUCAGAGACCAUCCAGUACAGGAAAGCAGUAAAGGCGACUCUGGUUCUGCUGCCUCUUCUGGGAAUCACCUACAUGCUUUUCUUUGUCACUCCAGGAGAAGAUGAAGUCUCACGAAUCGUCUUCAUCUAUUUCAAUUCAUUCUUGCAGUCCUUCCAGGGUUUUUUUGUUUCAGUCUUCUACUGUUUCCUAAACAGCGAGGUGCGCUCUGCAGUCAGAAAGAGAUGGCAUCGUUGGCAGGACAAGCACUCCAUUCGAGCUCGUGUUGCCCGUGCAAUGUCUAUUCCCACGUCACCCACACGGGUUAGCUUCCACAGCAUCAAGCAAUCUUCUGCUAUCUGA